UCGACUCUGGAGUGUGCGGCGUGAGCGCGCGCAUAGUAACCAAGACUGGCUGCAGAGAGAGCGCGAGAAGUGCAUCGGAGAGAGCGAGGCAGUUCAAAUAUUGCGGAUACCUGUAACAAGUGAGAGACGUCACUCUAAAACAGGAGCGCGUGUGCGUGUGUAUUCAAUGUGCCGCAGUAGUGAGCGCACCACCUACACAUAUACCCACGCACACAUAUAACACAGUCAACCAUAAACUUGGAGCUUCGUUCGUCGACAGUUUCGCACUGAAAUAUUUCUAAAAAUGAUAAUCGUCGCGGAUGGCUGUGUUCUGCUUAUUGGGAAUAUGCGUCUUGGCUUUUGAUGAGACCUGGUUGCCUUCAACUUCGCUAUCCUUUCUUUUGGCUGUCGUACAAAAGAAAUCUGACCGAGGGGAGUUCAGGAUGAGUCGCAAGAGGCUGUUGCUCGGUUACUUUUUGGUGCAAGUUCUGGCGUUGGUGUGUCGCGCAGAGGGAGAACCGGGGAAACAGCUCGAGGGCUUCGUGAUGGUCGCGGCGUCCAACGACUCGAAAGAAGCGGACGGCUUCCCAGAAACGCCGCACACAGAAGACAGGUGCAGGGGUUACUAUGAUGUGAUGGGCCAGUGGGAUCCGCCGUUCGUUUGCAGGACCGCCAGUUACCUGUACUGCUGCGGCACCUGUGGCUUCAGGUUCUGCUGCGCGUAUAAGAGCUCGCGCCUGGACCAAAGCACCUGUAAAAACUACGACACCCCCUUGUGGAUGAUGACAGGCAGACCCCCGUCCAAGAAAAACGACCGAGCUCAUGACCCCACAAGGGAUAAAACUAAUUUAAUUGUCUAUAUAAUUUGUGGAGUAGUGGCUAUCAUGGCGCUUGUUGGGAUAUUCACCAAACUCGGACUGGAAAAGGCGCACCGACCGCACAGAGAAAACAUGACCAGGGCCUUGGCGAGUGUCAUGCAGCAGCAGAUCCCAGGUUCAAGAGACCACUUGGAGCGGGAGGUCAACAUGGGGGUUCGUGGACAGCACUACGAGAAUAUGCAGAGUGGGGCAACGGCCAACAACCUCCAGGGCCCCCAGAUGAACAACACUGGACCUCCCAUGGGUCACGGCUCUUCCAUGGUGCCCAGCAUGUCCCAGUCCAUGGCCCAAUCCAUGGCCCAAUCCAUGGCCCAAUCCAUGUCUCAGUCUAUGGCUCAGUCUAUGUCUCAGUCUAUGGCUCAGUCUAUGGCUCAGUCCAUGGCUCAGUCCAUGUCUCAGUCCAUGGCCCAGCCCAUGGCCCAACCUACAGCCCAACACAUACCCCAGCCAAUGGCCCAGCCCAUAGCCACACCUAUAGCCACACCCAUGGCCGCAUCAAUGGUACCCUCCAUGACCCACUCCUACCACACCUUGGGCCAGCUCAGCCACACCUAUGAGCAGCCUCAGGCCAUGAAGGAGAUCAGCAAGUAUGCCUCACUUAAGGCUGUGGCGGAGAAGGCCAGCGACAACUUUUACACCAACCGUCGGCAGAUGGCUGACUUCUCGAAAGGCAGCCUGCCCCUGCACCCCAUGCGUUUGGACCCAGUGCGCAUGGAUGCCGUGCGCAUGGACGCCGUGCGUUUGGACCCGGUCCGAAUGGAUACUGUCCGCAUGGAUACUGUCCGCAUGGAUACUGUCCGCAUGGACCCAGGCCGUAUGGACCCGGGCCGCAUGGACCCAGGCCGCAUGGACCCAGGCCGCAUGGACCCAGUCCGCAUGGACGCUGUCCGGAUGGAUGCUGUCCGGAUGGACCCCAUCCGGAUGGAACCCAUCCGCAUGGAACCCAUCCGCAUGGAACCCAUCCGCAUGGACACUGUCCGCAUGGACCCCCUGCGUUUGGACCACAGCUCCACUGCCCCCUACAGCACGGAAUCCCUGAUCUCCUGCUCCAAGCAAAACGGCCACAGGUCCAAGGGCAAAGGGCACGGCUCACAUCCGCUGGCCUACGCCUCCAACACCAUCGCUGCACCGGGGAUGCUGAAGGGCUGGAGCGGGGCGGAGACGCUGGGCCGCCGGCAGACCUAUGGCCACAAGAGACACUAUGCUGCGGGCCAGAUGAACGAGCUCCGGCCUGCCCACAGCCAGCACUUCCUGCCCCCGCAGCCCUACUUCAUCACUAACAGCAAAACAGAGGUGACUGUGUGAGAGCCCCGCCCCCGUCAGCCCAGCAGCCAAUAGAGGGAGGGAGACAGAGACACAGAGAG